AUGGCUCUCAAGCGCAUUAACAAGGAACUCACUGAUCUGGGCCGGGAUCCCCCGUCUUCUUGCUCCGCUGGUCCUGUCGGAGACGAUCUGUUCCACUGGCAAGCUACGAUCAUGGGUCCUGGUGACUCGCCAUACUCCGGAGGUGUCUUCUUCCUCACGAUUAACUUCCCUACCGACUACCCGUUCAAGCCCCCCAAGGUUCACUUCACCACCCGCAUCUAUCACCCCAACAUCAACUCGAACGGCAGUAUCUGUCUGGACAUCCUGAGGGACCAAUGGAGCCCCGCCCUCACCAUCUCGAAAGUACUGCUUUCGAUCUGCUCCAUGCUCACAGACCCCAACCCGGACGACCCUCUCGUACCCGAGAUCGCCCAUGUCUACAAGACCGACCGCCCGCGGUACGAAGCGACGGCUCGUGAGUGGACUCGCAAGUACGCUAUCUGA